AUGGCCCGAGGCCCUCCCGGAGGAGUCUUGGGGGUGCUGGGUGGGGUCAUAGCCGCUGCGCUCCUCAUCGCCAUGGCCAUCACUGUCUUCAUGGUCUGCCGGCGGCAGCAGAAGACACGCACCAACACUGACAAUGACCUGACCGACCUCCCGCCCGCCCACAAGCCGGCCCCUCCGCCGCCCAAAAAGAGGAGCAGUGAUUUGAAGGGCCACUUGACAUCCGAUGACAUCCAGGUGCUUACCCUGGACAAGAAGCUUCCUCUGCAGCCUCCAUAUUACGACAUGGUACCCUCUGAGUCAACACCCUUCACUAACAAGCCGGUGAGUAGAGCAGCCUUGACCAAGGUGAACAGGUGUACAGGGUACUACGGAGCCAUGUUGUACAGGUGUAUAGGCCAGGUGUACAGGGUACUACAGAGCCAUGUUGAACAGGUGUACAGGGUACGAUACUUCCAUGUUGUACAUGUGUAA